CGGCAAGAUUGUCUUAAUGGGUUGAAAAGGCCCAAGCCCAAGAGCCCAGUUUAGUUUUAUUCCUCAUUUCACUUUUCUCUCAAAAUCAAUUUCAAGUUAAAACACUUCUUCCCUUGACCUGCGAAUCUGCGAUUCCUAAGGCACGAUUCCAAAUUCGAAGGUUCAUAAAAGAUCAGCGAGCAGCUCCUCGAAAGUUCCAAUCGAAUUGAUCAUCCUCAUAGGCGACAAUGUUCUACAGAGGAUAUGGAGAUGGUCCCGAUGGGCGUGAAACAGGGCCUAAGCGUCAGAGAAUGAGUGCACAAGGUCCUCCUGGACCAUUCUAUGGACCUCAUCCUGGUUCUGCCUUUAUGUAUAACCCUUACGGAUUCGUUCCUCCUCCUGUUUUCCCUGUGGUUAAACUCCGUGGUCUCCCCUUUGAUUGCGCCGAGCGAGAUGUUUUGGACUUCUUCGGUGGUUUAGAUGUGGUUGAUGUCUUGUUUGUUCACAAGAACGGUAAGGUUACUGGGGAAGCCUUUUGCGUUCUUGGUUAUCCCCUUCAGGUCGAUUUUGCGCUCGGUAAGAACAGACAGAACAUGGGAAGGAGGUACGUGGAGGUUUUCAGGAGUACGAAGCAAGAGUACUAUAAGGCUAUUGCUAAUGAGGUUGCGGAGUCUCGUGUCCACGGUACAGUUACUGGUGGAGGAGGAGGUGGAAGCGGUGGAAGAGGUGGUGUGAGUGGUGGACGUUCACCUCGUAGACAGGUGCAGAGGGUUAGACCGAGUGAUGAUGGGAAAGAGAAUGCUGAGCAUACGGGUAUAAUGAGACUGAGAGGGUUACCUUUCUCAGCUGGGAAAGAAGACAUACUAGACUUCUUCAGAGACUUUGAUAUCUCUGAAGACUCUGUUCAUGUUACUGUCAACGGUGAAGGGAGACCCACUGGAGAUGCGUUUGUUGAGUUCAGGAGCGCUGAAGAAUCGAGAGCUGCGAUGGUCAAGGACAGGAAGACGCUAGGGAGCCGUUACAUUGAACUGUUUCCUUCAUCAGUUGAAGAGUUAGAGGAAGCACUAUCAAGAGGAAGGUGAUUCACCACUUCUCAUGUGUACUAUCAUUCACUCUUUUAAAAUGCUUGUCAGAAGAUCAUAGUUUCAACGCAUUGGUGGUUCCGGUUUUGAUGUACUAUCUUGGUCAGGGUUACUAGUUUUAUCCAUUCUUUAGGCUGUUUUGUUGUGUAAUAUUGAUGGAGAUCUCUGAGCAUUAUGCGUCAAUAGAGUAAGCUGGGUGCUAAAAUCUUCUAUUGGGUAUCGUAAGAACCCUUGUUGGAUUGUAACGUUAGGCUUUUGCUGAAAGUUGUAGCAAUAAUAAUAAUAUUGUUUCAUGAUGAUCUCUCCUGUGAGACAUGUGGUUAAAACGGAUAGAAACCUUUGGAUU